CUCCCGGUGCCCGUCUCCAGCGCCGCCGGAGCCAGCGAGGGAGCGGGAGCCAACAGGAGGAGGCGGAGGAGGAGGAGGAGGCCGCGUCGCCGCCGCUCGGAGCCCGGCCGGAACCUCCCAGGUACAUGGUGCGGGUCCGAGCCGUGGUGAUGGCCCGAGAUGACUCCAGUGGGGGCUGGCUGCCUGUGGGGGGCGGGGGCCUCAGCCAGGUGAGCGUAUGUCGGGUCCGAGGGGCCAGGCCCGAGGGGGGGGCCCGCCAGGGGCACUACGUCAUCCACGGGGAGCGGCUUCGGGACCAGAAAACCACCCUGGAGUGUCCCCUGAGGCCAGGUUUGGUUUACAACAAAGUGAACCCUAUCUUCCACCACUGGAGUCUGGGUGACUGCAAGUUCGGCCUGACGUUUCAAAGUCCUGCCGAGGCUGACGAGUUCCAGAAGAGCCUGCUGGCUGCGCUGGCUGCACUGAGCCGAGGCUCGCUCACUCCCUCCUCUUCCUCUUCCUCCUCCUCCCCUUCCCAGGACACUGCAGAGACACCCUGCCCUCUGACGUCCCACGUGGACAGCGACUCCUCCAGUCACAGCCGCCAGGAGACGCCUCCCACAGCCGCGCCAGCGCCCAUCGUCACAGUGGAGUCCGCGGCUGCCUUCCCGCCGGCCACGCCCCCCCAACGUCGGCGCUCCUCUGCUCAGAGCUACCCUCCGCUCCUACCGUUCACUGGGAUUCCCGAAGCCUCGGAGUCUCUGGCUGGAGCGGGGAGCCAGGGCUGGGGCGGCCGCGGCUACGAGGACUACCGUCGAUCGGGACCGCCGCCACCUCUCGCCCUGUCGACCUGCGUCGUGCGCUUCGCCAAGACUGGUGCACUACGGGGUGCGGCCCUGGGUCCCCCAGUGUCACUCCCUGCCCCUCUGGCCGAGGCAGCACCCCCAGCACCUCCCGCCCGUCCACCCCCGGGCCCGGGCCCCACCCCUGCUCCGGCCAAGGCCUCCCCAGAGGCUGAGGAGGCUGCGCGCUGCGUGCACUGCCGAGCGCUCUUCCGCCGCAGAGCAGAUGGGCGUGGCGGUCGCUGCGCGGAGGCCCCGGACCCAGGUCGCCUGCUAGUGCGCAGGCUCAGCUGCCUGUGGUGCGCCGAGAGCUUGCUGUACCACUGCCUGUCGGACGCCGAGGGCGACUUCUCGGACCCCUGCGCCUGUGAGCCAGGCCACCCACGCCCUGCGGCGCGCUGGGCUGCCCUGGCCGCGCUGUCCCUGGCGGUUCCCUGUCUCUGCUGCUACGCGCCCCUGCGCGCCUGUCACUGGGUCGCAGCGCGCUGUGGCUGUGCGGGCUGCGGGGGUCGCCACGAGGAGGCCGCUCGGUGAGGAUCUUUGGGCUGGUUUGGAAAUCCGAAGACCCAGAAUGGAAGGUCCAGGACCCUGAACUUCAUAGGAACCUAAAACUCAAACUUAGGUACAUCUGAAACUUGGAGCUUGGAUGGAUUUGAGAGAUCCCAGAUCUGGUACCUGGACCCUAAACCUAGGACUGAGAUCCCAGACCCAGCUUCAUCAGGAUGUCUGUCAGGUGGACCCCGGAGUCCUGAAUUCCGGAUUCUUCCUCCCGCUUCCCAGACUGGGCAGGCUCAUAACAUCUCCAAACAUUGCAUCUCAGAGGGCCCAGGAGCUCACAUCCCUGAGACCCAGGGAUCUUGGACCCCGACUCUGUCUAAAUCCCCAGCCCAGCCCAGACCUCGGGUCAUACUUGACAUUGUAAACACUCAUAUUAUGGCCCCCAGAUUAGUCAGAAGUUGCUAGACCUGACCCCAUAGCAAAUGACUUAGACCUUACGACUAGAGGAGCCAGGAUCACCCUGCAUUUUCACCUGAGACCUGAUAGUCCCACAUCUAGAUGUUUUUAUAGCCCCGGGACCCAGAGACAGCAGGAUGGCCUGACAUCACCAGACACUGGCCUGAAGGCUCUCCACUCCUGUGCAGGUGACCCACAGAUUCCCUAGCACCCCAGAUUUAAAACGCACUAAGUCCUUAGAUA